AUGAUUCCACUUCAUAUAUUUCUAGAGACUCUUUUCCUUUGUCAGACAGGAAUUGGAGUUCUGGGGAACUCCAUUCUCCUGUCUUUUUUCAUCUUCACUAACCAUAAGCUGAGGGCCACAAACCAAAUCAUCAGCCAGCUAACUUUAGCCAACUUCCUUUCUGUGCUCUCCAGGGGUAUCCCAAUGACAAUAUCUGCAUUUGGGGUGAAAGACUUCCUGGAUGACACCUGGUGCAAAAUUGAUUUUUAUCUUCAGAGAGUCAGUCGGGGUUGUACUCUCUGUAGCACUUGCCUGCUGAGUGGCUUCCAGGCAGUUGUCAUUAGUCCCAACACCUCCCCGUGGGAUGAACUCAAAGCCAGAGCUCCCAAGUACAUCAUCUCUUCCUGCCUCUUCUGCUGGGUCUUUAGCCUAUUCUCAGAAGCUGGCGUUAUCUUAGGCAUGACAGGCCCAUGGAGAAGUAACACCAGCUUUGGGCGAACAUCUGACCUCAUUUUCUGUACCUGGAAAGACCCGGUCAGGAAUUUUAUAUCGUUAACCACCUUCCGAGAUGUGUUCUGUGUGGGGCUGAUGAUAUGCACAAGCAUCUACAAGAUAAUUCUCUUGAGAAAACACUACCAGCAAGUCCAGCACUUGUACCGGACCAGCUGCUACCCCAGAGCCUCCCCAGAGAUCCGGGUGACCGGGUCCAUCCUGCUGCUGGUGUUCGUUUUUGUCUCCUUUUACUUAAUCAACUGCAUCUUUGCCAUGUACCAAAACUUCUUCCUGUACUCCAGCAGCUGGCUGGUGAAUGUGUCUGCAUUUUGUGUGCUAUGUUUCCCAACAAUCAGCCCCUUCCUUCUUUCCUCUAGGGACAGCCAAAUAGCCAGAGCCUGCUCUGCUCCCACAGACAGGUACAAGCAUGAGCCUCCUGCUUAA